AUGUCACAGUGUCUGAGGUUGGGCUUUUGCAAGCGUGACGAACUUAGCUUUGCAGAAGAUUCCCCCAAGAACACCAGAGCAGUGGUUCUUUCCUUUGGAGAUACAGUGGCGGGAAAAUCAGUGACUUUGAUCUGUGGCAGUGAUGCAAACCCUCCUGUUCUCAAUUACACCUGGUUCAGAGCAGCUGCAGACACACUGCUGACAACAGGCCAGAAUUACAGCAUCAGCAACAUCAGCUCUCAGCACAGCGGACUGUACUACUGCACUGCUCACAACCAGCUGGGACAGCAGAACUCCACACCAACACUCCUGGAUGUGUUAUACGCUCCUCGAAUAACGACUGUGACUGCCAUUCCAUCUGUUUCUGGUGAUUCAGUCACACUAUUGUGCAAAAGUGAUUCAAAUCCCAUCAGCAAUUAUACCUGGACCAGGAGAACAGAGGGAGGUGUGAAACCGACUGGAAAUGGCAAUAAUUUAACUCUACACUCAGGAGCAGAUGGAUUUUACUACUGUACAGCAACAAAUCAGUUAGGAUCAUCCGAUUCACCAGGAUGGGCAUAUACAGCAGAUAACAGAGCUGUGAAAUAUGCAGCUACUGCGGUCACUGUUGCUCUGGUUCUGAUUUUCAUUACUGUCAUUCUGUGGCUGAGGAGGAGAGCAUCUAUGGUCCGGACAAGGAGUGAGGAGCACAGCAAGAAUGACUCUGUUCAUGUAUAUGAUAACAACUCAGCCAUGACCUCUGACCCCACACAGACAGCCUCAUCAGAAGAUCAGGACAAUGUUCAGUACUCAACUGUUCAUUUCAGUCAAUGCCCCACAGAUGGAGUGUCUCUCUACUCAACUGUUCAACUGCCAAAGUCUGUCAAACAAGAAGAGGAAGUAGAACAGCGAACACAGUGAGCCGCGCCACACCAAGAGCUGUGAAGUAGGUGAUGCAAAUGAACACAAUAAUGUCACGGCUUCUGAGUUCUUUCCACUUUCUCUAGGGAAACAAAACAGCUGCAAUUAAUAGACAACUUACAGUAAAAUCAGGCUUCCCUUUGAAAUGAUAUUUAGAACGAAUUUUCCCCAUGCAUUAAGUUAAAUCAGUUAAACCAGUAUAUGUAUAUGAUUUUCUUGGUUUUAUUUGGUACUACACAAGUGUACACAGGUAUAUAAAUGUAUAUAUCAUCACCGUACUGUGCUUAAAGUUUUCUCUAAAAUGUUAAUGUUUUUAUGGCAGAAAUUUCCCAGAAAUUUGACUUGAACGCCCCUUGUAAGUGUGUGCAAUUACUUCUACAAAAGAAUCUAACAUAAAAUAUAUUUUUCUUGGCCUCUGGGUUGCGCAGCAGUAACGAGCUCGCCCUAUCAUGUCCUAUAGAAAUUUAAAUGUCUUAAAUGUUUUCAUAUUUUACAGGAAGGAUGAAAUCUACAACAUUCUGAAGCCCAACAAAUAAGAAGAGACUAAACUGAUCAUAAAAUUCAUCUGUAACAAAUUCCCUGUAUUAAAAUAAAG